ACCAAUAGAGUGAGGUUUAUGGUAAGAGGCUGGGGAAAGGGUUAUGGCAAUGAGAGGUCCCCACAUGGAUAGAAGCGCAACAUGAGUGAGUGUGUGUAUGAGCGCGAGAGACUGUCCACCUUUCAGUCAGAACGAACUUGUUGUCCACCAGAACCGGAACCUUCAUCAUGGGGUUGAGCUUGCUGAAUUCUGGACUUCGGUUUUCUCCUGCGAGCAUGAACCCGGGUGAGCCGACAGCAGGUGUCUCUCGUCUGCUGCUGCUGCUGCAGCUCUCACCUUUGCGCAAGGCCACAGUCCGGACUCGGUGCGGGAUCUUGGUUCGGUCCAGAAGGAUUUUCACGGCCCGGCAGGGCUGCGACAGAAGGUCCAGGUAAACUUCCACAACUCGACUGGUCGCCAUAUGGAAAGCCUUCUUCAGAUUCUGGUCAUGACGAACUUUGUACACUUGCGACGUCUUUCAGCGAACGUACCUACGUCACAUCCGGAACAUGUUGGUCCGUCGCCUGACCCGGAACCUUCUUCUGAGGUGUUUCUACACGGACUUCUUAACGUACCGAUGCGCUGCAGGGUCGCGGACAGUUCGGAACUGAUGCCGUGUUCCAUUUACGUCACAACUGGCAGUUUCUCCAUCGUCUCGCAUCGGGAACCGCGCCCGCGCGCUGGUACGUGAAUCAAACCUGAGGAAACAAAGUGGACCCAUGAAUGAGGCCCAUGAAGGUCCCUCCUCCUGUCCUCUCACCAGAGUCACGUGACCCUUGAACCAAUGGCCGUUGCUCCAGCACAACGGCUGCUUUCCUCACAGCAGUCGGUUGGUUCUGUUUACUCAGCCAGAUGAGGCUCCAGAUCCAUUCCAGCUCAGACCGACAGCCUCAAGGAACAUUGCCAUUUCUAGCAUGUCGGACUUUGGCGGGGCCUCGAGGGACCCGCAGCAGGGCCUUCCUCCCCCGCUGGCCAUGAAGGCUCUUUCAGAGGCGUACGGCCGCCUCCGGUACCGGGACACGUCUCUGCUCAUCUGGCAACAGCAGCAGCAGCAAUUCACACCCCCCACCACCUACCUGAACCGCAGCCAGUCCACCUGGUACGGCAGCAACGGCAACCAGGCGGUUCUGGUCCGAGACCGCAGGACUUUGGAGGCUCUGGAUGGGCGGUCCAGAAUCUGCACAAUGAUGUGAGGAGGACCAGUUCUUCAGACCGGUCACCUGAAUAAAAGCUGUUGUGACCACUACCAAGUUGCUAUUGACAAACCAAUGGCAGCGGUGCGGGAAUAAGAGUCCAGUCGUCACUUGACGUGUUUAUUUAUGAAAAACAAAGUAACUGAGAAAAUAAGGAUUGAUAUCAGUAAUUACAUCAAUAAUCACGUGGUCUAAUGUCGGACAGCUACGGUACAACUAGGUGGCGCUCACACAUACGUACGGCCGGAGUGCAUGCAGAUACACAAAAUUACUUUUUUACUUUUUCGUAUUAAAAUACAAAAAUCAACUGUCCAUCGCAGGCCGUCCACAGACAGGGGGUUACCAUGGCAACGGUCACUCACUCCCUGUGCGACAACAGCUGACCAUCACUGAGGCCAUCUCUGAUCGGGCACCACAGGAAGCACCAACCCUCUCACUACACACACACCCAUCCAGUUGGCAGAGAGACACCUGAAGGGGGAGGAGACUGUUUCAUCAACCAAUCAGCCUCGGGGGUGGAGCUGCGAUGGGGAGCAUGUGAUGGAAACGUAGUGUUAUAAGCACAAGUUCUGAAUGGCCGGGCCACCGACUCCCCAGGACCGACCCGGUGUUAAAAAUGAAAUAAAAUAAAAUGCUGAUCAGUCAGUGACCUUUGACCGGGGAACCAGCCGACACUGGACUUGGCUGUGGUUCAUCAUCAGGGAGAACUUGCCGUCAUGGUGACCAUCACCCAUGAAUCAGGCCUCACUGCCCCCUUCUGGCGAUCACACACCCACUGAGGAUAAGAACCUAAAAACGCUUUAACCUUAAAAACAACUUAAAAAUGUCCUCUCCGAAGUCCAACAGAACCAAGGCAGGAAAAGAGUGGGGUCGGGGGGGUCGAGGGCCAGGAAUCCAACGCUUGUGACGGUGGUUUACUCCCAUCUCGCUCUGGGCAUUAGGUCAGCUAAUCCAGGGGUCAGAGGUCACAUCCCCGAAACAAACUAGAAGCUAAAAACGUUUAUUUACAUCCAGUCAGAGUGUGUGAGAUAUACGUGCGUCCGUGUGCCCACGCGAGAGUUCAGUCUGUGUCAGAGGACGAAGAUGUUCCUGUGGACGAGCUGUCGUCUGACGAAGAGGAGGAGCUGCCACUCAGACGACUGGCUCCGCCCCCUGAAGCCCCUCCAGCUGCUUUUUCUGGAAACAAGAGACGAAACACAUUGGAGACAACAUGUUCCGACUGGACCCAGCGAUCGCGUCUGCACUUACGCAGCAGCUUUCUCUGCUUCUUCUGCAGACAGGACUUGACGUAGCGCUCCAGCUCUCGAAGGGUGGAGGGCUUCAAUGUUUCAAAGUCGAUCUCGAUCUCAUCGGGGUUGGAGUCUCUGAGGGAUGGCUCUCUGGACUGGAUGAUGUGCACAACCCGACCUAGUUUCUCCCCAGGUAGCCUGUUGAUGUCCAGACUGAGCUGCCUCUUCUCGUCGUAGGACAUAGGCAGCGAGGACUCCUCUCCGUCGUCUCCGUUAGCCGACGCCCCUCCCGCCGUCUUGCUGCCUUUCUUGGUUUGUCUGCACACACAUAGGGUCAGAGGGUGAGCUACUGAGUCUGACUGCAUGAGUGAGGAGUGAGGUGGACCGACC